AUGGCUAUGGCUCCUGUGUAUCUCCUCGUUCUCGUCCUCGUCCUCUCCCCAGUAGUAAUUGCCAAAGAUUUCAAUGUUGGCGAUAACAAUGGCUGGACGACUGGGACUGAUUACUCCGAUUGGGCUUCAAGUCAAAAAUUCAAUGUCGGUGAUAAGCUCGUGUUCACCUUUGGAUUCACUCACAGUCUGGAUGAAGUAAGCAAAGAUGAUUAUGACAACUGCAACACUGGAAACCCUAUAAACUCCUAUAGUUCCAGCCCAACCUCCAUAACUCUAACCAAAGCUGGUUCAAUGUACUUCACAUGUCCUAGAUCAAAUCACUGCUCUCAGGGCAUGAAAUUGGCAGUCAAUGUCACUGCCACCAGCACCACUCCUGGUGGCUCACCGCCCUCGGCCACCACUCCAUCGCCACCCGGGUCACCAACUACUCCGGACAGCCCACCUUCUACUACUGCCCCGCUAACGCCCACUGGUGGUGCUACAAGCAUUUUUGGUGGAUUCAGUCAUUUGAUGGUUGUUUUGAUAGCCAUGUUUGUGUUUAUGGCCUAG